AUGUCCGUCAACGAUAUGUCAGUUUCAGAUCCUCUGGAUGCAGUCGAUUAUGAUCCCAUUGCGCAUCUGAACGGCAUCUUCUCCCACCCAUCCACACUCUCUUCAGUCUCGCAGACCUCCGAAGCACUCCGAAAAUACCAAAACGAGCUAGACACCGACAUUGCGCGACUGGUAGAGGAGCAGGUCACUUCCAAUGCGGAGAGUGUGCAACGUAUCCAGGCCGCCAAGGCGGAUCUGUCUGAGCUGUUCAAGAAGAUAGACGAUGUGCGGGAACGUGCGUCUAGGACAGAGCAAUCGAUUACCGAUAUGACUGCGGAUAUAAAGCAACUGGAUAAUGCGAAGAAGAAUUUAACUGUUUCCAUGACGGCGCUGAAGCGUUUGCAGAUGUUGACGACCGCUUACGAACAACUACGAGCAUUGGCGAAGACACGGCAGUAUCGUGAUUGCGCGCAGCUACUCCAGGCUGUUAUUCAACUCAUGGCGCACUUCAAGUCAUAUAGAUCAAUAGAUCAGAUAGCUGUCUUGAGUAGAAAUGUGGCAGAUGUUCAACGUGAGCUACUCGAGCAGGUCUGCGAGGAUUUUGAAAUCACAUUCGCCAAAGGCGAGGUCGUACAAAGGCGAGUGAUGCUCGCGGAAGCAUGUCUGGUUAUGGAUGCUUUGGGUGAUAAUGCACGGUCGAGGUUGACAACCUGGUAUUGCAAUACACAACUUCGUGAAUAUCGACAGGUCUUCCGUGGCAAUGAGGAAGCUGGAUCAUUGGAUAACAUAUCUCGUCGCUACUCUUGGUUUAAGAGGAUGAUGAAAACAUACGAUGAAGAGCAUGCAAAUAUAUUCCCGGCAUCAUGGAGGGUCAAUGAAGUGCUAGCGAAUACUUUCUGUGAAUCUACUCGAGAUGACUUCAAAGGCAUUCUGUCAAGAUCUGUCCGGAGUGGACAGACGAUAGACGUCAACCUAUUACUUUCAUGUUUACAGGAAACACUCGAUUUCGAACAUUCGCUCGAUCGAAGAUUUGCACAAACCUCAAGGGCAUCCAUGGAUACAGUAGCAUCCUCUGUCGAAUCUCCCUUUGCCAUACAGAGCAUUUCCGAAGCUUUCGAGCCAUACCUGGGAGUGUGGGUUGAAGCACAAGACAAACAGUUGGCUGCUUUGCUGCCCAAGUACCGACAACAACCGCUGAAGCGCGAGGAUGAAGAGUUCCAUGCGCAGCUUGUCAUUUCAUCUUCCACGGAGCUAUUCACCUUCUACCGACAUUCCCUUGCACAGUGCGCAAAGCUUUCUACGGGUAGCAGUUUGGCCGAGUUGUCGAAAGUCUUUGCGAAAUACCUAGACCAGUAUGCACAGCAAGUUCUUCUCCACUACAUUAGUGAACGAGCGACGACUCACACGCCGUCCAAAAUACCUUCAAUUGAAGAUCUUAUUUUGGUACUGAAUACGGCAGAUUAUUGCUACACUACUAGCACACAAUUAGAAGAGAAGAUCAAGGGUCGUAUUGACGAGAAGUUCAGAAACACUGUUGAUUUCGAAAGUCAAGCCGAUGCUUUCAUGGGGAUUGCCAGCGCUGCUGUUCGAGGACUUGUCCGCAAGCUUGAAGUGCAGCUUGAGCCGUGUUGGCGUGAAAUGCGAAACUUUCCUUGGAACAAACUGGAGAAUGUUGGCGACCAGAGCCCCUACGUUGGAGAGUUACUUUCAAAGACCAAGACGCAGGCGGAAGAAAUUUUGCAAUCGCUUCACAAGCAACAGUAUGCAAGAGCGUUUGCCGAUCAUAUCGUUGAGUUUAUAUCGAACACUUUUAUCACUACAGUCUAUUCAUGUCGACCAGUGUCUGAAUCUGGCGCUGAACAGAUGUUACUCGAUCUCUACACUCUGAAGAGUGGCUUAACGUCAUUGCUUCCUUCUCCUACACCUCCCGGUUUCGUGAAGCGAGUCAACUCGAGCUUUACAAAAGUUGACUGUCUUUUGAAGACGGUUCAAGUCCGUCCGUCACCACCCGAAGCCCUGGUUCAAGCGUAUCUCAUCCACAUCGCCGAUCGUAGCGAACCCAACUUCCGUCGAAUCCUGGAAGUCAAGGGUAUACGAUCUAAGCAAGACCAGAGCCAACUCGUGGAAUUGUUCAACUUGCACCGAGCCUCCGAGCGCCAUGCUCCUAAUCUACAACAAAGUAAUCCACUUUUUGCAUUUUUGCAGCCUUCAGCACCGACUUCAGGCCCCGGUGGAGCAGGAUCAACAGUCUCUCAAGGGCUAAGCAAUCUAGGCACAACUGCAGCCACAUCAAUCACGGGACCCGGUCGAUUUGACCCAUCCACUCUUGGUUCUGCUAUCAUUUCUGCUGCAAGAGACGGUGUUGAGCGAUUUCCACUUGGCUCUGGUGCCACAAUGACGGGCUCUGGCCCUACAUCUCCCGGUCCUGAAGGAGGACAACGUGUGACAAACGAUGGGUUCGAUGCAACUGGUACUUCUACCCCUUCUUCGGCAACUACGCAGUUGAACGAGAAUCUGAAGAAUAUUGGAAAGUUUUUCCGGCGUGAUCUUGGAGGGUUUGGUGGGAGGUUUGGUCGUUCGGCUGAUGAUUCUAAUCGGUGAAUAUGUAGCCUUAAGUAGAGGUUAUUCAUGCUCUUGCAGUCUCUCUUAUACCUAACUAUGAAUACUUUCCUAGUCCC